AUGGCGCCGCCCGCUCUUCCGCUCCAUCGUCAUCAAUCAUCUCUCGAAGGCAUCAUAGACUUUUCAUCCCGUCAACCUUUGUCUGAGUCACAUCGAGCCUCUGCUAUCCGUCGGUUUUAUCACGUCAUCAAUCAUUUUGACAGCAAAGAUGUGAAACGAGGUCAAGACCAAUACGACAGAGUGAAGCUUGUUCGCUUUACUUACGAGUAUUCCACCAAUCAGGAGUCCAAAGACAACGUGUUGAUCGCUGUGUUUGAGUUUUUGAAACUAUCUGCAUCAUCAGAAGAGGAUAUCGACUUUGAAGAUGCCACAUACCGAAAGCAGCUUAAGGCUCAUCUGUAUAAGUUCGCAGACUACCUAGUGGACAACUUCUUUCUUCCACUCAAAGCAUCCACCAAAAAGACACCACAACCCACACCAGCAUCUCACUCAGCUGUCAUGAAAACCCAACGCCAGGGCCAUAUCUUUUCUGGGACACCGGAGCGUCUAGCCAAUCUAAGAGGUGCUUGUCUGAUACGAGACCGCUAUCGCUGUGUCAUCUCACGUAGAUUCGACUCAGCUGAGGCCUUAAAGCGUUCCCGCCGACCAGGUGGUUGGAAUGAGGCUCUUGACCAGGACGGCGCUCCUCUGCUUGGCCAAAAAUUCGCCCGUCUAGAGGUCGCACACAUUAUUCCACAUUCUCUCACACAACUUAAUUCCUCUAGAGAGCUAAACCCUUCGAAAGUUGCCGCACUAGCGAUACUUAAUAUGUUUGACAGUGGUGUGGCGUUCUUGAUCGAGGGAGUUGGCAUUGAUCGCCCAGGCAAUGCUUUGACGCUGAGCCAUGAUCUUCACAUGUCCUUUGGUGACUUCCAGGUCUAUUUCGAGGCUGUCGAUGGUCAGCCACACACGUAUCGUAUAGAUACAUUUCUGCCACCUGGACUAGAAGAAAAUGUUCCAGUCACUCGGACACUUUACCUCACUGAGGAUAGGACGAUUGAUCCACCAUUACCUCGGCUCCUUGCUGUUCAUCGUGCCAUCGCGCAUAUCCUACAUCUUUCUGCAGCCGGCGAGUACAUUGAUCACAUACUCUGGGAUGCGGAUGAGUAUGGCAUUCGCUCGGAUGGCUCAACUGAGCUGGAUCGAUUGGUGAAACUUCGGCUGGAUGAUUGGGCCCUUGGAAAAGUUCACGGUUGA